AUGAGUUGUAUCGGUGCGUUGACGCGCGUCUGUCCGUCCGUCCGUCUGUACAAACGAGCGCAGACGCUGCGGACUGUCCGCAGUCGCGACAGGAUGUCGCGUCCUAUAAACAGCAAAUGCGUAUUUGAAAUAAAUAUCCACGGUUUCGGGAUCACCCUGUACGCUUGGCGACGUACACAGACAGCUGAUGCGCGAGAUCAAUCCGCGGACAACCUGUGGGACGGAUCUCAUAGGCGAAUAGCAUUCUCUUCCGAACAGACCGCGUUAGGAGCAUCGCUCGCUCGCCCCCACGCCCCACUACCGCGGUCAGCUCAUGCAAAAUCGCCAUAUCGAACACAAAACGCAGAGCAGCGCGCUCCGCAAAAACCCGCCACGGAGCCGCGAAAAAAAUCGGAUGCCCGCAAAUACACAGUACGCGGGAGUCCGCACUUGUAUCACUUCAUUCCGCCGCUGCCGGGGCGGUGGCAAUGCGAGCAAAAACGAAACGGACCGCGCUACGCGGCCCACGGUAGCGAAAUAAUAAGAUCGCGCAACAAAAUAAAGAAGCGCCCUCGAAACAAAAGGAGCGCUGGCGAAAUAAGGCUAAAAGGUUUAAGCGGUGACGCGGUGUGGCCCGCUGUUAUUGUC